CGUCGUCCUCGGUGCCCAACCAUGUCCCCUCCACCUAACCUUCUCAUCCGUGGCGGUGCAUCGCGGCUCGAGAAGGAGCAUGCCAGUCAGUCGGUUUUUAUCCAGCGGACGGGACGGUGCGUGGCGGUCUGGUGCGAGUGGCAGCGGGUUCAUACGAUCGGACAGUACGAACCGUCCCUGGCUGCGUUCGUGAAACGGAAAAAAAACAUCUACGGAUCUUAACGGUCUCAGGGACUCGGAGAAGGCGUAUCGUGCGCGCGUGUCGAUCCCUGAACGAUCAAGUGUGUACGAAGUCCUCGUGGCCAGGAAGGAUCGAAGCUACCAGCAGAGGUGCAGCGGUCGGCCAUUGCGCUUUCUUCGUGUCGCCGUUACGACCGCACGGUGCUCUGCUAUCGAAUGUACAUCAGGGAUCGAUGUAAAGAGGAAUACAUUAAACGCUUCACGGAGCGGCAUUCACACGAAAGGAAACUGGAAAUUUACAAAUAGAAAGGUAUUCGUCAAAAGCACCUUGUAUACAGAACAUAAAAUCUCGAUCCGUUUGCUAGAGCGAAGAUUAAAUUCGUGUUUCGAAUACACGGAAUUACAACGGUUUUUCUGUAUUCCAUUGUACUUCGAUACCGGUAAUACCACUGUGAGAUUCAAUGGAGAGAAAGGAAGAAAUCUGUGGGUGAUCAGUCUUUCGACAUUCACGAAUCGACGAUCGAAGACACGAUCUGUAAAGAGGAAUCUAGCGGAUGCGCAGGCAUCUCCCGCGCCGUCGUUAAAGUGAAAGGCGCCUUGCUAUGUGCAUACGAGUGUCGUGUUUGUACGUGAAUCCGCAGAACACACGUGACAUUUUUAUGAUGGCAUGCUAACGUGUCACUAGGACCUGCUGUGGUAACGAUUAUUGGAAGCAAUCGUUAGCGUGUCUUGUGCACGAUCUCCUCUGCUAUUUAAAGAGGACAACACGAAGUAUUGUCAAUUCAAAGAAAGAAGUACACGAAUAACGACGAAUCAUAACGACAUUUGUGAUUACAAUUAUAGUCUUUCUUCUCUUAACGUGAAUGCGUGUUACAAUUGUGUAUCAUCUUCAGUCACGGGAUAAGAAAAAGAGUAAGAUAGAAAGGUUACACAACAUAUAAAACAAGACGAGCGCUGAGCAUUCUGAUUGUUUGGUUCCGUAACGACUUACCGAUUGCCGCAUCUCCAUGAAGCUUCAUUUAAUACGUUUCUUUUUUGUGGAUCAGAGAGAAUUACGGUGCGAACACACGUAAAUGCAACGAUUCACCAUUGAUACGGAAGAAGUUCGCUGGCACAAGUGUUUUUCGAGAAACCUGCUCCUUGACCCUGGGAUUACCGUGGAUCAAGGAAAUCAAGAUAAAGUGUGACAAGUGAAAAGUCCGGUUUCGUGUAACUCGUUUGCGUGCUUGCUAUACAUAUAUCCCGUGGCGCGCGGGAAACGUCGGCUUUUGACCGACAGAGGGGGCCAACGAACUCGAGUUCGACUCGAUAGGUGGUUCCUACGGUGUCAGCGCGAAACGGCGGGACUUACGCCGGACAACCUCGAACCUCAAACUCGAGUUGAGUCGAUCAAGCCGUCCAACAGCUUGUCGGCGUCCUUCCUGUUGUCCUUGGUCCUCGGUGAAGGGGGACUGAUCGGCCCUGGUGGUGUCCUGGGGCCGCAGAUGGGAGCUGGUCUACUGGAGCCCGACAGGGUGAUCAACCCCGUAAAACGACAUCAGCCGUUCCAACUUCCGCUCGAGGCCUACACUCUUCCCCUUCUUGCUCGUCGCUCACCAGGUUUCUCCCCGUUGAUUCGGCCGCAUAAACUCGAUCAAGCUGGAAUUGAUGGAGUUGGAGAACAUUGUAGCAAACACUGUGUAUCUCAAAGCGAGAGAAGGCGGUGGUGACAGCAACAAGGGUAAGAGUAAAAAAUGGCGGAAGAUACUCCAAUUCCCGCACAUUUCCCAAUGCAUAGGCCUAAAAGAUAAAUUGGACAUCAGGUACAGCUAUGUGGUGGAUCAGCAACCGAUUGGUAGGCUGUUGUUCAGGCAAUUCUGCCAGGACAAGAAACCAUCCUACCAUCGGUACAAUCUCUUUUUGGACGCCAUCGAGAAAUACGAGAUCGAGAUGGAUGAGAAUCGGACUGAGCUGGCCAAGGACCUGUUCGAGCAAUACCUGAAGAGAGAGGGCUCAGAGGUCGUCGACAUCCUAAACGAUUCUUUGAUCGCCCAGUGUGAGGAGAGGCUCAGCACUGGCGGCAAGGAGCUCUUUGUGGAGAUCGCGCAGACCGUGAAAAACUUCCUCGCUGGCGAGCCUUUUUCAGCUUUCCAAACCAGCUUUUAUUUCUAUAGGUAUCUUCAAUGGAAAUGGUUAGAGGCUCAACCAGUCACGUACAAGACCUUCCGUAUGUACAGAGUGCUGGGAAAGGGUGGGUUUGGUGAGGUAUGCGCUUGUCAAGUACGAGCAACAGGAAAAAUGUAUGCGUGCAAGAAAUUGGAAAAGAAACGGAUCAAAAAACGAAAGGGAGAAGCCAUGGUACUCAUAGAGAAGAAUAUAUUGCAAAAGAUCAACUCUAAAUUCGUCGUGUCCCUAGCGUAUGCCUAUGAGACCAAGGAUGCAUUGUGUCUAGUUCUGACAAUUAUGAACGGUGGAGACUUGAAGUUUCAUAUUUAUAACAUGGGCGGUGAGCCUGGUUUCGACAUCAAUCGUGCCAGGUUCUAUGCAGCCGAGGUGGUCUGUGGCCUGGAGCAUUUGCAUUUACAAGGAAUAGUUUAUAGAGAUUGUAAACCAGAAAAUAUUCUGCUAGAUGAUCAUGGCCAUGUAAGAAUAUCUGAUCUUGGUCUGGCUGUGGAGAUCACAGAGGGAGACAUGGUGACAGGAAGAGUUGGUACAGUUGGAUAUAUGGCACCAGAAGUGAUUGACAAUGAGAAGUAUACAUUUUCACCUGAUUGGUUCAGUUUUGGAUGUCUUCUGUAUGAGAUGAUAGAGGGUCAAGCUCCGUUUCGUGCAAGGAAGGAAAAGGUGAAGCGGGAAGAAGUGGACAGGAGGGUAAAAGAAGAUCAAGAAAGGUAUUCUGCCAAGUUUACCGAGGAGGCGAAGAGUUUGUGUCAGCAAUUAUUAAAAAAGAGCCCGAAGAACAGACUGGGUUGCAAGUGCGGUAGACAUGGCGCCAAGGAAGUAAAGUUGCAUAACUUCUUUCAGUGUUUAAACUGGAAGAGGGUCGAGGCCGGUAUGUGGGAACCACCGUUUGUGCCGGAUCCUCAUGCGGUGUAUGCUAAAGAUGUAUUGGACAUUGAGCAAUUCUCUACAGUGAAAGGUGUCAAUUUGGACGCCACUGAUGAUACCUUCUAUAGCAAAUUCAAUACUGGUAGCGUGUCUAUCCCAUGGCAAAACGAGAUGAUAGAGACUGAGUGUUUUAAGGAACUGAACGUGUUAGGUCCUAACAACACACCUACUCCUGAUCUAUUGAUCAAUCAUCCACCACCAAAUAACGAAAAUAGAGGCUGCUUUCCAUUUCGAAGACAGAAAAAGCAAAGUGCUCGUACAAGACAGAUACCAUUAUCAGAGUGUCAUCUACUGGAGUUGUCGCAGAGCCAAAACUCGGAGAUGCCAGCUAGCUGAUCCAAGGUGAACACAAAUAGUGUAAAUCAACCGACAUCGUCGUCUAUGCGACGUCGUCGUUGCGGACGACGUCGACGAGCUCUCAGAUGCUGCCCAAAGCUGCUUUGAAACAGGAAAAACAACAAAAAAUGAUGCCUGAGUAAGCUCUGCAACUUUGGCGCCGAUUUUUGGUGUGUUAUCUUAUGAGAUUCACACUCAUCUAUAAGAGGGCUAGCUGAGAAGAGGCACUUUCAGCACUACAAAAGCACAUGACACAUGUUUUCUCAGGUUUCUUCAGGAGCAAGAAGCGACGAAUACGUUGAUACUUGCGAGAAUGAUACGUUCAAAUACGUUUGUAAUAAGAGUAACAUAGAAGCAUAGCCUCGUUAAUCUUAAAAAUCCAAGAGAAAUGUUGCUCUUGUUGCAAAGAAAUAGUGGAUGCAACUAUGUAGUUAUUACAUCGAAAUAUGAAAUUCUUUAUGAAUGAAAUUGAUCGUAAAAUAUUAUUUAUUUUUGCGUGUGCAGCGCUUGAUAUUUAUUUUCUAUCGAAUGAAAAUGCAAUAGUAGGUAUUUAUGGAGAAUGACGUUUGGAUAUUGAAUUCUCAUUACGUAUUAUCUCAUUAUAUAUGUUUUACGGCCAUUACUGAACGGUAUUCUUUAUUCAAUUGGUCUAUGUACACUUAAUGCACAUGAAUAUGAGCGUGAUUUCGAGCAUUCACACGUUGGCAUAUAUGCAAUGUUCGCGUAAAUAUGUUUACGAAAUGGCGCAAUUACAUAUCGGUAAUUGGGGUCGCGUGCAUAUAAUUUUGUAUGUGUACUUAGAGCAGUCGAUAGGCGCGUGCACAUGCGAUAAUGAUAGUAAGAAUGUUAUUAACGGAUAAAGAAAAUAUACGCGUGAAAAUUGCAAUAUGAUAAAAAUAUACUGUGAAAAAAAUGCUCCGAUGGAACCGAAAAAAUUUUCUUUCGUUUCUUGGAGCAAGUUCCAGAGGCAUUCUAAUUUUUUAACUAAUUUUUUUAGUUGAAAUUAAUUGUAUUCGCUGCUUAAAAUAAUCACAGGGUCGUUUUUGUUAGAAUAAUGUGACUAGAGAUAUUUUUUUUUUACUAUUAUAUUACUUUUAAAGAUAUUCCUAGUAUUUUUUUUUUUUUCUUGAGUACACGAUCCUCUGAUUAUUUUUAGUAUAGAAAAACAAUCUAAAAUUCAAUCGAAAUUUAUUUAUAAUCAGAGUGUUCUUUCUUGAUUGACAAUCUUCCAAUUUCAUUUUGGAAUGUACAUUGCAUUGCUCAAAAUAGUCACUGAAUCCUAUACUCAAAUUAUAUCUU